CACCUUGGGUUAACCAAAGCACCCAAUAAACCACAAUCGGCUACCUGAUUCUGAUUUCUGUACUCUCCAAUCUCCACCGGGCAGUUGCAGACUUGCAGAUCAACAGAGUUUUAGAUAGAGAGAAACAGAAUUCUAGAGAGAGAAACAACAUUCUUGAAAAAAAUGGUGGAAGAAAUAGUGAAACCAGAGGACCAGAAGAUAAUCAGAGGCGUUGGAUCGGACGGAGAAGAAGAUGAGCAGCCGGAAGACGGAGAAAUCAUCGACGGCGAUACUUUGUCGUCAUCGUCUUCUUCGAGGCCUGGUACGGCCGUAGUGCAGCAUCCGCUGGAGCACUCAUGGACGUUCUGGUUCGAUAAUCCCAGUGCUAAGUCUAAACAAGCCGCUUGGGGUAGUUCUAUGCGCCCAAUUUACACUUUCUCCACUGUUGAAGAGUUCUGGAGUCUUUACAACAAUAUACACCUACCAAGCAAGUUGGCUCAAGGUGCUGACUUCUAUUGUUUCAAAAACAAAAUCGAGCCUAAGUGGGAGGACCCCGUUUGCGCUAACGGUGGAAAGUGGACUAUGACCUUUUCCAAGUCAAAGUCUGAUAUGUGUUGGCUGUAUACGUUGCUAGCAAUGAUUGGAGAACAGUUUGAUCACGGCGAUGAUUUAUGUGGAGCCGUUGUAAAUGUCAGAGCGAGACAGGAGAAAAUAUCUCUAUGGACCAAGAAUGCUGCCAAUGAGAGUGCUCAGACAAGCAUUGGGAAGCAGUGGAAAGAGUUCCUUGAUUACAGUGAUGUCAUAGGCUUCAUAUUUCAUGAAGAUGCAAAGAAGCUUGACAGAGGCGCUAAAAACAAAUACACUGUGUGAGGUGUGCCAUGUUUUUGUAGUGCUUAAAAUGCGACAUUUAGAUGGACCUCAAACUAUUUUUUUCUUGUAAUUUUGAUAAAGCACUUCAAUUCUCUACCCUUGGUUUUUCUUCCAAGAAAUCAAAGUUAUUAGUUAACUUUUGAAA